GUAGAGUUGGCCCCGCCGUACUUACCCACUAUAUAUGACAUUGUAAGGAAACCAGGAGGUCUUUGCGUUGCAGAUGAGCUUCAGUCUGGCUAUGCUCACACAGGAAGUCAUUUCUGAGUGUUUGAGUAACAUGGUGUUAUUCCUGAUAUCGUGUCCUUGGAAAAGGGCAUUGGAAAUGGGAUUCCUCUUGGUGCUGUGGUAACCAUUCCUGAGAUUGCAUAGGUCUUGGUUGAGCGAUCAUACUGUAACACAUUUGGUGGGAAUCCUUUAUGUACUGCUGCUGGUUUGGCUGUUUUGAAAGUAAUUGAGAAGGAAAAGCUUCAGGAGAAUGCUUUUGUUAUGGGAUCCUACAUGAAAGAGAGACUAAGAGUACUAAGGAAAAAUAUGACUACUGAUCGUUACAUCACAGAUCGCAAACUGAAGACUCCUGCACAGGAAGAAACUGUUCAUAUAAUGGACCAGAUGAAAGAACUUGGAGUGCUGAUUGGAAAAGGUGGAUAUUUUGGAAAUGUUUUCAGAACCCCUUCUUUGUGCUUCACUAAGGAUGAUGCAGGAACUUGACCAUAAAGGGGUUGAAAAGGCAAAUCUCUCCCCACAUAUUUCAUCAAAAAAAUGGUACAUAAUCUGUAGCUACAUUUUCUGACCUUGAAAUGAAGAAAAUUAACAAGGUAUGGCUCUUUGUUUAUCUACUGGUGUUUGAAGUUCAAUAAGUCUAAUAGAUUGUGAAUUUAUGAUAAAAAAUUGACCAUUAAAAUUUCCUCAUAUAUCUGUUCUUAUUGGACUUUCUACGGCAAUAUCAGAUGUAAGGAAGUUGAACAUUGGAGCACCUUUCUGGUCUGUAUUUCUAAUUAUUCAGCUUUUGGAUUUUAGAUAUGAUUUAUUUCUUCUCUAAUAGAUUUCUUUAUGUAGG